UUUUUUUUUUUUUUGUUUGUCAAAGCAAUGACAAAACAAGUUCUUCCACUGAUAGAGAAGAUCCCUCAAACGAUCCUUGGAUUCUUAGAAUCUUCUCCUUCGUGUUGGUCUUCUUCUCUAUCAAAGACGACGCAAGCUCAUGCUCGUAUACUCAAAUCCGGAGCCCAGAACGAUGGCUACAUCUCCGCAAAGCUCAUCGCUUCCUACUCGAACUAUAGCUGCUUCGACGAUGCUAAUCUCAUCUUGCAAUCGAUUCCGGAUCCAAAUGUCUACACUUUCUCGUCUCUUAUCUACGCCUUAACUAAGGCGAAGCUUUACUCUCAAUCGCUCGGCGUGUUUUCUCGGAUGUUCUCUCGCGGGUUGAUUCCAGAUACCCACGUUCUUCCGAAUUUGUUCAAAGUCUGUGCUGAGUUAUCGGCUUUUAGAGCUGGUAAACAGAUUCAUUGUGUGGCGUGUGCGUUGGGGUUGGAUGGGGAUGGGUUCGUUCAGGGUUCUUUGUUUCAUAUGUACAUGAGGUGCGGUAAGAUGGGUGAUGCACGCAAGAUGUUCGAUAGAAUGUGUAACAGAGAUGUUGUGACCUGCAGUGCUUUGCUUUGUGGGUACGCGAGAAAGGGUUGUUUAGAAGAGGUGGUUCGUGUCCUCUCUGAGAUGGAAAGUUCUGGUAUUGAACCGAAUAUAGUGUCUUGGAAUGGGAUUCUUAGUGGGUUUAAUCGUAGCGGGUAUCAUAAGGAAGCAGUGGUGAUGUUCCAGAAGAUGCAUCAUCUGGGUUUCCUACCUGAUGAGAUUGCUGUUUCAAGUGUACUGCCUUCUGUUGGAGACUCGGAGAGGCUUGAUAUAGGGAGGCAGAUUCAUGGGUAUGCGAUUAAACAGGGUUUGCUGAAGGAUAAAUGUGUUAUUAGUGCGAUGAUUGAUAUGUACGGGAAGUCUGGUCAUGUCUAUGGGAUUAUAGAACUUUUUGAACAGUUUGAGCUGAUGGAGACCGGGGUCUGCAAUGCAUGCAUUACAGGGUUGUCGCGAAAUGGUCUUGUUGACAAGGCGCUUGAGAUGUUUGCGUUGUUCAAGGAGCAGAAGAUGGAGCUAAAUGUCGUGUCAUGGACUUCGAUCAUAGCUGGAUGUGCACAGAAUGGGAAAGAUAUCGAAACGUUGGAACUGUUUAGAGAGAUGCAGGUUGCUGGAGUGAAGCCAAACCGUGUAACAAUCCCUUCAAUGCUUCCAGCCUGCGGAAAUAUAGCAGCUUUGGUUCAUGGGAGAUCGGCUCAUGGAUUUGCUGUACGGGUUCACCUCUUGGAUGAUGUUCAUGUAGGGAGCGCUCUGAUUGACAUGUAUGCCAAAUGUGGAAGAAUCAACAUGUCUCAGGUUGUCUUCGAUAUGAUGCCCACGAGAAACUUAGUCUGCUGGAAUUCGUUAAUGAGUGGAUACUCAAUGCACGGGAAGGCCAAGGAAGUCAUGAGCAUAUUUGAAUCUCUCGUGAGAACCAGAUUAAAACCUGAUUUCAUCAGCUUUACAAGCUUAUUAUCAGCAUGUAGCCAAGUAGGUUUAACAGAUGAAGGGUGGAAAUAUUUCGGCAUGAUGACUGAGGAAUAUGGGAUUAAACCGAGGCUGGAACAUUAUUCUUGCAUGGUAAGCCUUCUUGGACGCGCAGGGAAGUUGCAAGAAGCAUAUGAUUUGGUAAAAGAGAUGCCUUUGGAGCCAGACUCCUGCGUCUGGGGAGCUUUGCUAAACUCUUGCAGACUUCAAAACAAUGUAGACUUAGCUGAGAUCGCAGCAGAAAAGCUUUUCGGUCUAGAACCCGAAAACCCAGGGAGUUACGUUCUCUUGUCCAAUAUAUACGCAGCUAAAGGCAUGUGGGCAGAAGUAGACAGUAUUAGAAACAAGAUGGAGAGUCUGGGGCUGGAGAAGAACCCGGGAUGCAGCUGGAUCCAAGUGAAGAACAAAGUGUACACGCUUCUUGCUGGUGACAAGUCUCAUCCGCAGAUAGAUCAGAUAACAGAGAAGAUGGAUGAGAUUAGCAAAGAGAUGAGGAGAGCUGGUCAUCUCCCAAAUUUGGAUUUUGCUCUGCAAGAUGUGGAGGAGCAAGAGCAAGAGCAGGCAUUAUGGGGACACAGCGAGAAACUAGCAGUAGUUUUUGGUCUUCUGAACACACCGGACGGUACACCUCUUCAGGUUAUAAAGAACCUUAGAAUAUGCGGAGAUUGCCACUCAGUCAUUAAGUUUAUAUCGGGCUACGCAGGUAGAGAGAUCUUCGUUAGGGAUACGAAUAGGUUUCAUCACUUUAAAGAUGGUGUUUGUUCUUGUGGAGAUUUCUGGUAAUAUCUUAAGGGAUUUUUUUUGCUAUUAAAGAUGUUGGACCAUCAUCAGUGGCGGAACCCGAAAUUGUUUUUACUGGGGUCAAAAUUAAAAAUUAUUCAUAAAUUUUUAAAA